AUGGCCAUACUAAUAUUUGACUAUCUUAAAGCUCUUGCUCGCGCGAGAUACACCAGCGAUUUCGAAAGUGGUUCGGUCUUCGACAUCAUUCACACUACUGUCAAACACGGCAACAGCACUUCUUACGAUACCCACCUUAUCGUCUACGAGUCGCCGAGCACCAACGAGGUCUUCCAGUUCCUCAUCACUAUGCAGUGCAACUCUUUUGCCCAGGGACUGGAAGCUCUCAUGAGUAGGAUCCAAGCGCAGUUGGGUCGUAGCAUCAGUAGGUUGCUUAGCCAAUAA